AAUUGAGAAAAAGGGAUAAUGGCAUAAUGCUCUUGUGAGAGAGCAGAGAGAGAGAGAGAGAGAGCGGGGCUAGCACGAACGAACAAGAAGAAUCUUUCUUUCUUCGUCGAACCUUUGCCAUUGUCUUCAUCUCAAUCGAAUCUCUCCGUCACCGUCUCCGCCGUUUUGAGAGGAGGGUUAUGGAUGUUUCAGCUAGGAAGUCCCAGAAAGCAGGACGUGAAAAGUUGAGGAGGGAGAAACUUAAUGAGCAUUUUGUCGAACUUGGAAAUGUACUCGAUCCAGAAAGACCCAAGAAUGACAAAGCUACCAUUCUCACUGAUACUCUUCAGUUGCUCAAAGACCUCACUUCUGAAGUCACCAAACUCAAAUCUGAGUACACCGCUUUGACUGAUGAGUCCCGCGAGCUGACACAGGAGAAAAACGACCUGAGAGAAGAAAAGACAUCGCUCAAAUCAGAUAUAGAGAAUCUCAAUCUCCAGUACCAGCAGAGAUUAAGGUCAAUGUCUCCGUGGGGAGCUGCGAUGGAUCACACCGUCAUGAUGGCUCCACCACCUUCUUUUCCAUAUCCAAUGCCUAUGGCUAUGCCUCCCGGUUCAAUCCCAAUGCAUCAUCAUCCACCAAUGCCAUCUUACACUUACUUUGGCAACCAGAACCCUAGCAUGAUGCCAGCGCCUUACAUGCCCUAUAUGCAGCCUCCUAAUACAGUCGUUGAGCAACAAUCCGUGCACAUACCACAGAACAACCGUUCCAGGGAACCUAGAACAAAGGUUUCAAGAGAGAGCAGCAGGUCUGAGAAAGCAGAGGACUCCAAUGACGUUGCCACACAACUCGAGUUAAAAACUCCUGGAUCUACGUCUGAUAAGGAUACAUUACAAAGGCCAGAGAAGAGCAAGAGGUGCAAGAGAAACAGCAACAACAACUCUGUGGAAGAAAGCUCUCACUCAAGCAAGUGUUCUUCUUCUCCAAGCGUCCGGGACAACACUUCUUCCAGUAGCGUAGCUGGUGGCCUAAAACCUGAUGAUGCAAAAUGAGGAUUGAGUAUAUGAUGCGACUACAAAACGGUUACUCGCUGUCCGAAACAUCGUUCUGAUGCCUUAGUUCUACAAACGCAGCUGAUUUGUAAUCUCUCUUGUAAUGUUUAUAGUUGUAUAACAUUUAAUAAGAGGUUUAUAUUCAAAUUAGGCCAACUUUCAUUAAA